AUACCUCCUCUACUUUUCUUCUCAGAGACUAUUCCUUAAUGAUUAUCUUCUUCCUCAACCUCUCCCUUGCUCUGAAAUGGAAUCAUCGCUACCAGCAGCACAAUCACCCAAAUUUCCAUCGUCUCCGUCCACUACCACUUCCUCCACCGGUAACUGCUACAACUGUUGAGGCCCUACCUCCUUUGUGCCACCUCCCCAAUCCCCUACCGGUUGGCUGGAACUAUCGCCUCCCCAAAACUACAGAGGAAUCUGGGCUCCAACUAUUAAUCUACCUCCUAAUAACAACUCCGAAGUGAUCAUCCUUGCCCCUG